UUUUUUUUUUUUUUUUUUUUUUUUUGUUCACUCUCCCGAAAAUUAGUGAAAUUUUUGCUCAGUCUCUUUCUCCUUCCUUGCUCCGAAAGACUCGUCCCUCCCCGAAACGAACCAAGUAUCCAUCGUGUUCUCCUUCGCCUCCGAGCUCGAGCGACGAUGAGGAUUCGACGAGUGUGUGAGGGGACACGGAGCUCCGAUUAGGGCAUUGGGAUCUACGAUCUCUCCGAGGUGCCCGCGAGGGGAAAGGGAGAGGAGAGAGGAGAUGAAGGUAAUGGUGGGGAGACCUGGUACUUGGAGCGGCCUCUUGUUGAGGACGGGGCAAUGCGCCUCCGCCGCGGCGUCCAUGGGAGUGAUGCUCUCCGCUCUAGGGUUUCCAAACUACACCGCUUUUUGCUUCUUGAUUGCUUCUAUGGGACUACAAGCUUUGUGGAGUCUGGGACUAGCAUGUCUUGAUGUUUUUGCUAUAAAGAUGAAGAGAGAUCUGCAUAAUCCAAUGCUCGUAAGCUUGUUUGUCGUUGGUGACUGGGUAACAGCAACUCUAUCACUAGCGGCAGCGUGCUCUUCAGCAGGUGUAACAAUCUUGUUUGCAAGGGAUCAACCCUUCUGCGGAGAGGUUUCUCAGCUCUCAUGUGGUAAAUAUGAAAUCUCUAUUGUAUUAGCUUUUAUCACAUGGUUGUUGGUUGCCUUAUCUUCGUUAAUAACAUUUUGGCUACUGGCUUCAGCUUGACUGCUUUUGUGUAUGCUUUUGUCUGUAAGACGAAUUAUCUUUAUGUGGAAGAUAUUAUAUAUUAAAUAUAGUUCAAAUUGCUGUUCCUCGUGUUCCUGAUCUAA